GAAGCAAUAUUGAUGUUGAUAGACAAAAGAAGAGGGGGCAAUGAAGAAUUGGAGUUGAACAAAAAGAGCUGAUUUUGUGAUGAAAGCUUUAUAUAAUGGAGAUAGAAGCAAUAUUGAUAUGGAUGAUAUUUUAGACAAAAGAAGAUGAGGUGAUGAAAGAGUUGGUUAAACAAAAUGACGAAAUUAAGAAAAUAUCGGUUGUUGAAAUAAUUAACCCAAAAGCUAUUGAUAGAGAUUUAAAACCAACGCCUAGGGGUUUGCACGAUUUGGCCAUGGGCCCAGUUGAUUACAAGGAUAUAUGUAUAACUUGUGGAUUAAAUUAUUAUAGCUGUCCUGGUCAUAUUGGUCAUAUAGAAUUACCAUUAAUUAUAUAUAAUCCUAGCCUUAUCAAAGUUUUAUAUACUAUUUUAAGAGGAUCCUGUCUAUUUUGCUAUAAACUUCUAGCUCCAUCUAUUCAAUCAUUUCUUAUUAGAAUCCAGACACAUUUAAUUGAUCAAGGCAUGGAUUCCUGUGUUAAAAAUAUUAAGGAUAUUAUUUUGAAGCCUAAUGAUAAAGAUAUUAAUAAUAUGGGAUUAGAAAAUUUUGACGAAUUAGAAAAUUAUGUAAAAGAGAAUACUUAUUUACAAAGCAUACUUGCUAACAAUAAAAAUUAUGUUAAUCUGACUAAAAAUACUAAUGAGUUGAAAAGUUCACUUCUAUACGAUUAUAUUAAAAAAUAUCAUCUUGGGUCAUCAUUUAAAUCUUGCACACAUUGUCACUCCAAACUACCCUCUUGGAGACUUAAAGAGGGUAGCAAAAUUUUAUUAUCCUUCAUUCAUAAACGUAAAGAUGCUGGCAUACACAACCUUAUGCUAAAUCAACCCAAUGAAUUAAUAAACAAUUAUGAUAAUAACAAUGAAAACCCUUUAAUGUUUGUUGAUCCCCAAAUUAAAGGGGAACAAGAAUUAACACCUUUAGAAGCCAAUCGUUUAUUGAUUAAACUUUUGGAAAAUGAGCAAAACUUGAAUACACUUUCCAUCAUUUUUGGUUGCAUUAAAUUGAAAAGUUUCCAACACAAUAAUUUAUGCCCACAUUACUAUGAAGAUAUUGCAAGGAUGUUUUUUAUUAAGACACUGCCAGUCAUACCAUCUAAAUUUAGACCUAUAAACUCCCUUGGUGAUUCCAAAUAUGUGACAGGCCAAACCCUAAUAUACGUCAAAAUUUUGGCUGCAUGUCAGUUAUUAUCUGAAAUUAUGAAAAUUGAUGCAUCCACUAACAAUAUGGAUGCUUUGCAAAACGAAAAAGUUGACAAAGCUCUUCGAUACUCCAAAUCGUCAGCGAAAUUUCGCAAAAAUUCUAAUAAGCCUUCGACCAUUUCUGGCGUUAAAUUACCCGCGCACGUGACUGUGUGGAGAUAUAUGCAAUCUUGUGUUAAUUUGCUACUGGAAAAUGACCCGUCCCUUUUUCCGCGAGAAAAAUUGACUUCCAUCAAGCAAAUAUUAGAAAAGAAGGAGGGCCUCUUCAGGAAACAUAUGAUGGGGAAAAGGGUAGAUUUUGCCGCCCGUUCCGUCAUUUCUCCUGAUCCAUUUAUAGAUUUAGAUCAGAUAGGUAUUCCAUUAGUGUUCGCUUGCAAAUUAACUUUUCCAGAACCCGUGAACGCUUUUAAUUUAGAAAGAUUGAGACGCGCUAUCAUUAACGGUCCCGAUAUUUAUCCAGGCGCUUUCACUGUCAAAAAUGCCCGGGGUAAUGUCUUAUUCAUAGAUCCCAAGAACGUUUCCCAAAGGCUUAAUCUAGCGCGCAAAUUAACCUCCUCGGCAAUAAUAACCGCUAUUGAUGAUAGUUGUAUCAUGGAGGCCUUGAACGAUUCGAGCAGAAUAGUGGUUGUCAAUAGGCAUUUGAUGGAUGGCGAUUUAUUGUUACUCAACAGACAACCUACGCUUCAUAAACCUAGUAUCAUGGCACAUAAGGCCAAAAUUUUACCGGCUCAAAGGACUCUCAGGUUACAUUACGCUCAUUGCAAAGCUUACAACGCGGAUUUUGAUGGGGACGAAAUGAACGCCCAUUUCCCCCAAGAUUAUUUGGGUGUAGCCGAGGGACACUAUCUUGCCGGCUGUCAGCACAAUUAUCUAACAUCGAAAGAUGGUACACCUCUCACUGGCUUAAUUCAAGACCACCUUAUAGCAGGCGUAUUGCUGACUAAUAGAGGCAAAUUUUUUGAUAGAAGAGAUUACCAAGAUCUGAUUUACAAAGCUUUUGGAGAUCGUGCAGUUCCUAAUAUUUUUACUAGAAAUUAUAAUGGAAACACGAUUUCAGAAAGUUUGGGAAAACGUUUAUAUACCAUCAAACCAGCUAUAUUGAAACCUAAAGUUUUAUGGUCUGGAAAACAGAUAAUUUCCACCGUUUUGCUCAAUUCUAUUGGAUCAGAUCGGGCCAAAUGUUUUAACAUGUACAACAAAAAAAGCAAGGUUACCGAAGAUUUAUAUUGUACUAAAAAAUCCUCCAAAAUGGAUGAUAGAAAUUUCACCUCCAUACACCUAGACAUCUUGUCAAAACAUCAUUUAUCCGAAGAUGGGGCUCUUGUAAGAAAUGGAUAUUGGAUUAGAGGGAUAUUCGAUAAAUCUCAUUUUGGAGCUUCUCCAUUUGGAUUGAUUCAUUGUUGCCAAGAGUUGUAUGGUGGCCAGAUAGCUUCGGAUAUAUUGACAGUCUUGGGUAAAUUAUUUACUUCUUACCUUCAAAUCAACGGCUUUUCUUUGGGAAUCAAAGAUUUACUCGUAACCGAUAAGGCCGAUAAAAAGCGCAAAAAAUUAAUAAAAUCUUGUGAUAACAUUGGUAAAAUGAUCAAACCCGAAACAUUUCUACAAUCUCAUGAGUUAUUGCGAAAAAUUUUCGGUGAUACAGAACCUUUAAAGGCUUGGCGCAAGGCCUUUUAUUCUAGAGAUGAAAUACUGCUCAACGAAUGGGAGAAAGGUUCGAAGAGAUUCGUAGACACUAUCAACAAUCAGAUUACCGAACACAUCAUGGGUAAUGGGCUUAUCAAAUCAUUUCCUUGCAAUAAUCUUUUAUUGAUGGUCAAUUCCGGUGCCAAAGGAACACUUGUAAAUUGCGUUCAAAUAUGUUCCACUCUCGGUCAAAUAGAGCUUGAAGGAAAGCGGCCACCCGUGCUUAUAACCGGUCGUUCUCUACCUUCUUUCUCAAGCUUUGAUCCAAAUCCAAAAACGAGGGGCUUUGUGGCUUACAGAUUUUUGACGGGACUCAAACCUCAGGACUACUUUUUCCAUUGCAUGGCUGGAAGGGAGGGGCUCAUUGAUACAGCAGUUAAAACUAGUCAUUCCGGUUAUUUACAAAGAUGUCUGAUCAAACAUUUGGAAGGAAUUAAAGUGUGUUAUGACUCUACCGUUAGAGACUCCGACAAUUCUAUUAUUCAGUUUUUGUAUGGCGAAGAUGGGCUCGAAGUUACAAAAUGUCAAUAUCUAAAAAAUAAAUCUCAAGUGGAUUUUCUUUUAGCCAAUCAUUCUUCUUCCAAUUUCAUGUUCAAACAUAAAAAGUCGUUAUAUAAAAGUUUGAAAUCUUUCAAUGGUGAAAUGUCUGAAAACCUACAAAAUUUCAUAAAAAAGAAUUAUAGUUCUCAUCAGUCGAUUACUAAGGGCCAUAAGAAUAUCUAUGAAUCUAAUAAUUGUCAUAAUGAAUAUCCAUCAAGUGAUUUUCCACCCAAUUUUAAAGAUAUCAAAAAAAUUUUGCGAUUCAAAAAUGCGCAAUCAUUGGUUUCGCCUGGCGAGGCUGUAGGUUUGUUGGCGGCUCAAAGCGUGGGUGAACCAUCUACCCAAAUGACUCUUAACACAUUCCAUUUUGCCGGACGGGGUGAAAUGAAUGUAACCUUGGGUAUUCCCAGGCUUAGAGAAAUUCUUAUGACUGCAACACGAGACUUAAAAACACCAGUAAUGUCGACGCCCUUAAAAAUGACAAAUGAAAAUUCUACCUUGUCGCUGGAGGAGGAAAGGGGGGAAGAAUUGAAAUUGGUAUUUAGUAGAGUAGCUUUUAGUGAGGUUUUAGAAAAUAUAGAAGUUAACGAAUCUAUUACUACAACUUAUGAUUCCAAAAAUCGCAAGAAAGUUUUUUGGAUCUACGAAAUAACUUUCCGAUUGUUACCUAUUUCCUAUUUGAGCAAAAUUUUACCUUUAAAGGGAGGUAAAAAAAUGAGAAAAAAGUUAUGUAGUCAUGUUGCUUCACAAAUAGAAAGUCGUUUAUUGAGUAGACUUGUUAGGGCUAUCAAUAAAGAAAAUGGGCUGCUCAACAAUAUCAAAUUAUUCGAAAGUCACAAGAAAUUUAGGACUUUCACAUCUCUCCUUUCACAGCCCGAUGAUUCUAAGGACCAAGGAGAUACAAACGAAGAUGGAACAAAUGAAAUGGAAGAAAAUAAAAUAAAGCGUGAAAGUUCGAUUACCUCGUCAUCAGAUGAGGAAAGUGGGGAAGAGGACAAAGAUCAAAUUGGUAGGUCUACCGAAGAGGAACAUAUAAAAACCGAAUAUCCUAAUGAUUACGAGGAAGCGACGAAUGACACACAGGGAGAGCAAGAAAUCUCCGGCGCAAAAAGAAAUAAUGUUAAGAAAAAAAGAAGGAAAAAAAUAGUUGCAAAAGGGUCUAAACAAGAUAUGCAAAAACGAAAUAAGAAACAAGAUGGUAGCCCCGAUACAGAAGCAGAUUCAUCUACAUUAUCUUCCGCUCUUGAUAAUUCUAGUUCCUCUACCAUUACCGGUUCUUCCAUGGAUUCCGACGGGGAUAUUGAUGAGCAGAAUAACGAAGGUGAUUAUUACAGGGCGACGUCUAUGCCUUCUUCAACUACAUCCGGCUUUUCUGAUUCCUGCCCCUUGCUAAGCGAAGAACAUGAAGAAGAUAGUUCUACAAAAAAUAAUAUAAGCAUAAAAAAGCGUGGCAAGUCCAAAAAUGUUAACAAAACUCCUAAGAAUAAUAAAGAAACAAGUGAAAUGCAAACCAAUUAUUAUUACGAUAAAAAAGUUGACGAUAGUAUUUGCCGUGCGACACUACAAGUUCCAUUAUCGGACAAUAAAAUUGAUAUGGAAGCGAUAUUGGAAAAGGAAUGCAAAAAUGGAUACAUUUACGAAAUUUCUGGUGUUACAUCAUCUUCUAUAUCUCGACCUGAUCCUGAUACCUUGAUUUUAAACGUCGAAGGCAUUAAUUUUAAUGAAAUUUUUAAGUAUGGAAAUGUUUUAGACCUUAAUAAACUUUAUUGCAAUGACCUGCACAAAAUUUUGGAGGUGUAUGGAAUCGAAGCUUGUAGAAAUGCCAUUAUAAAGGAAAUUCAAAACGUUUUCUCCGUGUAUGGAAUAAAGGUUGAUUACCGACAUUUGUCACUAAUAGCCGAUCAAAUGACGAAUUCUGGGCAUUACAAAGCAUUCAAUCGUUUUACUCUCGCCAACAACACAUCUCCUUUUCUUAAAAUGUCUUUCGAAUCCACUACUUCUUUUCUCAUGGAUUCUUUUAUUUCAGGUAGCUCGGAUUAUUUGCAAACACCCUCCGCCUGUCUUGUUAUGGGUAAUGAAAUAAAAACCGGUACUGGCUGCUUCGAUCUAUUUCAAAAUUUAUCACUAAAUAUUCGAUGAUUAUGAUUGAAAAUUUUCCCUUUAACUUAUGAUCGGUGCUAGAUAUUGAAAUUAUGAUAAACUAAUCUAUUGUCAUUUUUUAUAGAAAAUUGUAAAUAAUUUGAUUGUAUUAUUUCAAAUAUAAAAUUUAU